GGGAGCCAUAAUGACUGUUACAACUGCCGGUCUAAAUCAAUUUCUCGGAGCACAGAGAGAUCAACGUUCGAUAGAGGACGAACGCAGGGAAUUUAAAGCCCACGUGCUUUAACACGCAAUAAUGUUUAUUUAAUCAUUAUAUUUUAGUAAUGUGUCAACACCGUAGCCCGCAGUAGGAGGAAGUUUGUUUGUUGUCCGUGGACAUUUCUCGCACUUUUUGCGGGACUAUGGCGGUGGAGCUGGUGGGGAAGCGCUGUCUGUGCGUGAGCGGCGGAGAGUCUCUGGAGCUCGCGGGAAUCUCGCGCUGGAGCUGGAGAGCCGGAGUCAUCCGUGCGACCACCGACCCGCCUGCGCUAACGGUGUGUGUGCACUGGGAUGGAGAGCAGUGCGCAGAGGGGAAGUGGAGGAAACUCAGAGAGGAAUGUGAGGUGGUUUUGUUGGAGCAGAAUCUUGUCUGGGCUGCCAGAAGAACCAGCACGAACAACGGCAGCGCCCAUGAGAAGAACCUGCAACCUGCCCUGAGAUUCCAGCCUCUGAUUGGUCUGUCAUGCGUGGGAGGCGUGUCAGUGGUGGAGUUCAUCUCUGACAGACAGCUGGAGUUUUACAUGGAAAAAGAGGAGCUCCAGCCGUUCGAGGAGGAGGCAGACAGUGGAAAUACAGCUGUGCUAGAUGAACCGUCUCUGCAGGAAAAGGUCCAGGCCUGGCUCAAGCAGAACCACUUCCAAAACGUCAUUCAGCAAGGUGCUUGUCUACUGAUGGGUCUGAAAGUGAAAGUGUUCAGACAGGAUUCCAAAACCCAGUGGCUGUCUGGAGUCAUCACACACCACGACCAGAACAAGAAAACCGUGGUGGUCAUGACUGACCAGGUCCGAGAGAUCGUGAAUGUUGAUCCAUUGCUGGUUCAGAUGAUGUUACUAGAUGAUAUCUCACACACUGCACUAAAGAGAGAAAAUUCAAAACGCAAAUCUCAUGUCGCCAAGAUCAAUAGGAAUUUCCUUGGCAUUGGAAACCAAUCAAGCAACACUACAGCAAAUGACCAGAAGGUGUGCAGCUCCAUGCCAGUACAGCAGCAGUCAGAACUGUGCAAAAAGAACUGCAGCAUGGUAGAGGAUGAGAAAGACGGGAUGAGGGAGAAGGGAAGUGAUGAAGGGAGAGGAGGUGAGCUGCAGCUGUGGCCAAUGAGCUCCCUCUGUGAUUCCUCCAAAUCUAAAAAUAGCCAUGGUGAGAGAAAAAGGAGGAAUGAAGAGGAGAAGAAAGAUGAAAAGGAGAGGAGCAGAUGUGGGUUUAAAAGGCUGAAAGCAGGCAGCAUGUCUGACCUGUCUGAGAACAGCGAUUCUGAAAUUUCCAGCUGUAGAGUGCAAGAUUCAUCCACGGAUUCAGGAUCAAAGAGACAGCUAAAACAGCAUCACACUUCAAAGAGGCCAUUGGACUGUAAGACUCACCCCUCCCACAAAGGCGCGGAACCUUUGCCCAACCAAUUAAUAUAUAGCAAGGGUCAGAAAUUUGGCAAAACUACUCAGUUAAUUUCCUCUAGUGCAUCUUGCAACAGUGCUCUCAAGAACACACAGGCAGUAGAAUGUGCUGUCGGAGAUAGUGGUGGCAAAGCGGAGGAAAGAAGCGAUGGAGGGAUGCCAGAAAUAGAGGACAGGAGUGAGGGGGCCUCUCGGGAGGACUCUGAAGCCGUGUCGGCGCUGCUGGCAUCCCAAGAGAGCGAGCAGCUGGUCUCCAUGGAGACCACAUGUGUGCUAUUGCACACAUCACCUCUGGAGUGUGAAGGUGUGGAGGCUGAGCAGGAAAUGUCGACGUGUGAUCCGGAGGUCAAAGGGUCAGAGUUAACCCACAUAGAGUCUAGGGGAACGAAGUUUAGAAAAUCAGAGGUCAGAAUGUCGACGUGUGAUCCGGAGGUCAAAGGGUCAGAGUUGACCCACGUAGAGGCUAAUGAGUCGAAGUUUAGCAAAUCAAAGGUCAGAAGGUCAGAAUUGACCCAUUCAGAGGCAAUUACAGCCAGCAGUGACCCUGCAGUCUCUGUAAAAAAGGAUCCUAGAGGAGCCCCGCCUCACUCGCCCAUCAUAACUUGCAACAAAAAGGAGGUAGAUGUGGAUCAUAAACCAAGAUGUUCUGCAGGAACGGUGAUCACAGAAUAUGGACCUGUAAUUUCCAUGGAAGCUAACCACAAGCCCAGUGUGCGCUUCUGUCCUUGCCCCUCUCUGGAGAUCAUAUCUAAACCUCAGACUAUACAGGAGAAAUCUAGACAGAAGCAGAGUGCAUCCCUAGAAAUGGUCAUGUUGAAGAAGAUAUCUCCUGUUGUUAAAUCUGCCAUGGAUAGAACUCCUACUAGCCUUAAAACAGCACCCAAUCCCAAAGUGAUCUGCUCUGCAGCACCAGUCCUGACCCAGUCACCUUCUCCAUCCCCAACUCGAUCCAGAACACCAACACAUUCUCCCUGUACACCUAAUCACACUACCCCACCAGACAAGUCCACCAAAAGCUCACUCAUUGUAGAUAGAACGGAGCCCUUCACCGUCUACAGAGACCCUGCACUAGUGAGGAUGGAGCUGGAGACCUACCCCACCUACAUCCAGCCUCCUCACACACCCCCAAACCCCAAACACCACCCGAAGACCCCACCUCCUUCCUCCAGCUCUCCAAGUAUUACCCAUUCUGCCUCCCACAGCAAGCUACUGAAUCCGUCCCAUCACCCCGCACAACUUUCUCCCAUUCCUCUCCAGUCCCAGGCUCCGCUCUGCUCCCUCAGUACGCCUGAUUCAGCCAUCCCUCACCCGAACCUCCUCCCCUCACUCCUGCCUGCACUCUCCCCAUCUGCUGCACUCCUGGCUGGCCACACACAUAUGGGAGCUCUCAGGCUUCCUCACCAUCAUUUGGCUCUUCCAGGGAACCAGUCUCUUCUGGGCCAGACUUCCGGCUCAGCUACUCUGGCACCACUUGGCCUGUAUCCUCUCCUCUGGCCCUCUUUCCCCAACGGAGCCCACAACUAUGCUGGACUGGGCCUGCCAGCAUCUAAAUGGACACACCCAGAGGCAGCUGGUAUCUCUGACAGCAGCAUGAGGAGGAACACCCCAAGUCCUUGGCUUCCUCAGCCCACCCCUGUGACGAGUGUAGACAAUCAAGGAUUGCAACCUCCGCUGCCUGUGCGACCCUCCAGUGCUGACCCUCAGAGAAUGUCCAGGAAAUCUCAACCUUGCACAUCCUCCUCCAAAACCACAGAAGAGUUGGAUAGAAGAGGCAUCACUGAGAGUCCAAGCUCCAUUCAUAAUCACUUCUCACUCAAGUCUGAGCAGGAGCGUGUCCAGGCAGCAGCAGGGAAAAAUGAGCAGACCUACUGCCCAGUUGCCCUUGAGUCAGCCCAGAGUCAAUCCAAACAGCCACUUGUUGUUUACGAUCUCACAGGUGAGAGACCAAACCAUUACAAGGAAGAGAACCAGCGCAUUCUUCAGGAGAGCAUUGAGGUGGCACCGUACACUGCUAAACUGGGCUCUGAUAGGAAGUCGCAAUACUCUAGAAGUCCCACAUCCACCCUUCCUUCCAAGGAGAGGGAGAGAGAGAUAGAGAGGGAGAGAGAAAGAGAGCAAGUCAAAGAGCGAGAAAUGCAUGCUGUCAGACACACUUUACCUCCCCGGCCACAGUCAGCCCACCCUACUCCCACCCUCAUGCAGAGGAGCUACUACACUUCUCUGUCCAACAGCGUGGAGAACAAACCUCCACAGCGCAGAGCACCAGCUAGUAAAGAACUCUAUGAGAGGCUCAGUUCUGUUGCAUCUGUCAUGACUUCAUCCAACUCACAGAGCUCCAUCAGGGCCAGACUUCCACCUCUUGUCAAUAAGCACCACGUUAAAGAGGAGGGUCUCCUGGGAAAGAUCACAGAGCAACUGGCUCAUAAAGCUUCCACCAUGGAACCACUGGAGGUAGUGGCUAUGGAUAGAAGGGGUUCAGGCUCUUCUCUCAUUUCGGUCUCCUCUUCCUCCCUUAAUGUGCCUUUACUCCACCGAGCCCCAAUUUUUCACCCUCCAGCACCACCUAUCAUGUUUUAUAAAGACCCUGGAUUAUCCCCGCCUACCCUCACAGCCAUUCAGCCAAUGAGCUUGUCUGGUAAAGGUCAGAAGCAGCAGAGACCGCCUACGCUGUUGCCUGAACACAGAAAUACUGCUGUAGACGGGAAGAAGCCUGUGUCAGAAAAAGUGACAAUGGCAUCACAAGCCUAUGAUACUCAAUGCAGUGGAGUUUUGCACAGCCGUGAGAGAGGGGCUAGCGGGCACAUAGCAAAUGGUGUUGUAGUCAGACCACAGUCAGCCACUGCGUCAGUUAUUGUACGACCAACAAGCUACAUGCACACAACAAUCAAUUAUACAGUCUCCGACAGUUCAAAUUCACAGAUGCAUUGCGGUCACAUGAGAACUUCAGAAAGUUUGUCCAACCCACACUCUAAGGAUGGCUGUGUUCAGCAUAAAAGAGGAGUACUCUGGACUCCUUUGGAUACCGUUCACUCCAUCAACAUGACGACCCAGAAGGGGGAUCUCAACACUCCCAUAAACAUGACUACUAAACCUAUUAGUACAGCUCAACCAAAUUGCGGAGUGAUGCACCCAUUAACAAAUGUGGACACCACACACUCUAUAGUAGAUCUUAUUACCGAACACAGCAAGAGGAGAGAGGGUGGGGCUGUUCAGCCAAAGAUGGAGUCUUCUCCCACCUCCUGCACUUCUAAAGACUUUCCUCAUCUAAAAAAACACAGAGCUGGACUAGCUGCUGCCAAAUCCAGACUAAACAAGCAUACAAUACAGCCUCAACACACUAUGCAUUCUUCAAACUCUACAAAUCAUAUCUCAAACCCCUCAAACAGUAGGUAUGGCACUUACACUACACUUAGUACACAUGUUGUGUGUUCUGCACAUGCUCUGGAAAGAGAAAAAGAGUCUGUAUUAAACCCUAGUCCUUCUAAAUGUCCCAGUCUGGCAUCAGUGAUGUCCAGCCCUGUACCCCCAACCAAACAAGACUUGCUCACUAAGGAGCAGCCACCUGCCUCAGCCCUCACCAACCAAAUGGCUCAAUCAGGUCAGAACAACUACCAUAAACUAAAAAAAGCCUGGUUAACCCGCCAUUCUGAGCAAGAUAGUGGCAGGACAACCUCCCAAAUAGUAGACGGCCCUAAGACAUCUGUAACUCUGAUCAACACAUCGAACAACCCAAUCAAACAGGAAAUAAAUGGUCUUGUGGAUAAUUGGUCAGGUCAGGAGGACAAAGAUAUUGCACUAGACAGCAGAAAGUCCAAAAUAUUGGAUAGGAAGUAUGGUUCAGGGGCGAAGAAGCCCACUCAAGAGUACAGGAAAUCAGAGGACCAGAAAUCUAAUGGUAAUGCUACAAGUUCCAUUACAGAAGACCAAAAACCGGUCAUGGCCAAUGAGAAACCAGUCAAGAAGUCUUCCUUGGAGGACGUCAAACCUGUCUUGGAAAGAAAUGGCAAGCUGGAGGGCAAGGAGUCCACCCUUGUGGACAAGAAGUCUAGUGGAAAAAGAUCAACCACCGUGCACAUAAAGGCCGAGAAGGAGAAACGGGGAGAGAAACGGCCAUUAGAGUCCAGCAGAGAGAGUGGAGAAGACUCUGGCCAUGAGAGUGAAAGCGGUGGAUCAGGACAGAGGUUUAAACAGCAGUCCAAGUCCUCUUUUAAAAUAAAGCGGAAUGACCACCAGAAGGAGAAAGUGGAGAAAAAAGGAGAGGAGGAGGAAGAAGAGGAGGAAGAAGAGGAGGAAAGCAAAUCAAAUGGAACAUUGCAAACUCCAAAGGACAAGACUCAACAGAGGGUGUCGAACAGUAAUGGCAUCCCUCGCUCUGUGCUGAAAGACUGGCGGAAGGUGAGGAAGCUAAAGCAAACUGGAGAAGCCUUCUUACAGGACGACUCAUGUGCUGAGAUCGGCUCCAACGUGCAGAAGUGCAGAGAGUGUCGCUUGGAUCGCUCUCGUAAAUCUCAGGAGCUCGCCAUCUCACCUGUCUUCUGCCGAUUUUACUACUUCCGUCGUUUGUCGUACAGUAAGAAUGGCGUUGUCCGUGUGGAUGGGUUUUCGGCGUCAGAGAUGACAGAUGAGGAGGCGGUUACAGUGUGGACUGGCAGCUCAGAGGACGAGGAAGACAAGAGGAGGAGACAGAUGGACCUUGAGAUGUCCAAAUACGUCCUCACGCUCAUUGGAGACAAGUUCUGCCAGCUCAUAAAGACUGAGAACACUGCUGUCUCCUGGGUCAAGAAAGAAACUCCAGUCAUGUGGAAGCGAGCUGUGAGGGGUGUAAGGGAGAUGUGUGAUGCAUGUGAAGCCACUCUCUUCAACAUGCAUUGGGCAUGCCAUAAAUGUGGCUUUGUGGUGUGCAUGGACUGCUACAAAGCCCGUGAGAAUAAGAAAGCCAAAGAUAAGGAUCUAUACUCUUGGCUCCGGUGUGUGAAAAAUCAGUCCCAUGACCUGAAGAACCUAAUGCCAACUCUGAUUGUCCCAGAAACAGUGUUAGCGGACAUGCAGAGCUCUAUGCACGCGAUGAGAGAAAAGUUUGGAAUCUCUUCCCAUUGUCCCUGCACUGACAACAAAACCCUCAACUCCAGCAUGGCCACUUUCAAUGGACUCUCACCACUUUCAGACAGUGAUCAGAGUGACCCGAAGAGCCGACAGAUCCCAGAUCAGCCGAAGAAUACACAACACACCACAUUGAGUGCGCACACUGAUAGAAAAGAGAAGGCAGAGUGUGACGGUGUGGAAACUCACAACAAAAAAUCCUUCAGUCCAGAACAAGGAUCAACAUUGCGUGACCUUUUGACGUCCACGGCUGGGAAGCUAUGUCUUGGGUCUACUGGAGGCACCUUUGCACCAGUUUACAACUCCUCCGAACAGGCAGCCCAAAACACUCGAGUACCCAACACCCUGGAUGACAUCAUUGCUUCUGUAGUUGAAAAUAAGAUUCCCGCUAAAAAGACGACCAGGGCGGGGUUGAAUCAGGAUUUGAUUCCAGAGGGGGAGGCGGGGCAGCAGCCAGAGGAGAUGAAGCUUGACAAAGGCCCAUUGGCUGAUCCCCACACCAUUGUUCCUCAUGAUUGGCUAGGAAAACAUCGGCUGCUUUGGCUCAAAGAUCACCGUCACCUAGGCAACCAAGGACUGUUCAAAGAGAACUGGACACAAGAGCAGCCAGUACUUGUGUCUGGAUUGCACAAGAGUUUGAAUGCUAGCCUAUGGAAGCCUGAGCACUUCAGCCGUGAGUUCUUCAAUCUUCACAGUGACCUCUACAACUGCAGAGACGGGAGCAUUAAAAACUCCAAGGUCAAGGAGUUCUGGGAUGGUUUUGAGGAUGUUUCAAAAAGGCCUAAAUCUGCAAAAGGGGAGUCAGUGGUGUACAGACUGAAAGACUGGCCAUCAGGGGAGGAAUUUUUGGCUCUCAUGCCUGCCAGAUAUCAUGAUGUGAUGAAUACUUUGCCAGUACCGGACUACACAGACCCAGAAGCUCAAUUGAACCUGGUCUCACACCUGCCCUCCUUCUUCAUCCGGCCUGACCUCGGUCCUCGCCUCUGCUGCGCCCACGGUGUGACCGCAUGUCCAGAGCAAGACUUCGGGACCAGUAAUCUGCAUGUCGAAAUCUCUGACACCAUGAGUAUCCUGGUAUAUGUUGGGAUAGCCAAAGGAAAUGGGACCCCAUCGAAAACAGGUGUAUUGAAGCUCUUUGAGAGAGAAGCUCUAGAUGAAAGUGUAAAGAAAAGACUGAGAGACCCUAAUGAGACUCCAGGUGCUCUGUGGCACAUCUACAUGAGUAAAGACCUGCCAACAAUCCACAAGUUUUUACAAAAGGUCGCUGCUGAGCUGGCUGAGGCAGAUCCAGAGGCAGACUCAGAGUGGGACAAUGAUGCAGAUCCCCUCCGUGAGGGCAGCUGGUAUCUGAGCCCCAGGCUGAGACGGAGGUUGCAGGAGGAACAUGGUGUGGAGAGCCGCACGCUCCUCCAGUUCUAUGGAGAUGCUAUCAUCAUCCCUGCUGGAGCUCUGCACCAGGUGAUGAACCUGCACAGUUGCAUCCAAGUGAAUGUGGACUUUGUUUCCCCUGAACAUGCGCACAACUCCUACUACCUAACCCAAGAGCUCCGCCCUCUCAAAGAACAAGUGAACUAUGAGGACAAACUCCAGGUGAAGAACAUCUUUUACCACUCUGUGAAAGAUGUUGUGGCCACACUGAGGAAGCAUUUGAAGGAGAAAAACACAGAGGAGGUGAAAGAGGAAUCCUCCUGACAAUGCCCUUUCUUCUCCUCGGUCCAAACACUUGGAGCAUAAAUACAAUCUGAAGAUUCUCCUGACAGGAACUUUGUAGGCAUGAUACCAAGACUAUGGACCACUCAUAUGGAUCUCUGCAAGACUCUGUCACUUCUUCUAUGAUGUCACUGUCUUCUCUUUGAUUUUACUCUCUUUGUAUCUACUUCCCCAUUGUGUCUUCCUGCUUUGACAGGAAGUGAGGUAAGGGGUGGAGGUACGAAAAACAGAGAGAUGAAAGUAGUAGACUGUGCUCUCAAACCAGGUGCAAUCAGCUUCAAAUUCAACACUUCCAAAUGCAAGGAGUAUGGAAAACCAUUGAAAAGAACAACACUAGUAAAUACACUUUUGUUUUCCAAAGGAGAAAAUGAUUUGAAAGUGCGAAAGUUAAAUUUUCUUUAUCAGUAGUUCUUACGCUGCAAAGUGUUUGCCACGCCGUCAAGCUGUGUUUUGUAAGAGAGAUCAGCGAUUCCAACACAAUCAAAGCAGCAUUCCAUCAUGCCAGCUGCUGCCAAACUGACAGGUUUUAUUAUGUUUAAAGGCAACAUUAAAUUAUUUACAGUUUGGCAAGUAUUCACUGGGCAGAGGGAGAAUUUUAGAAAAAUUCCUGUUUUCUGUGUUUGUUUGAAGAAAUAAAUCUCGUGAAUUUUACAGUUUGUGAAGAUGUAAAUAGCAGAAUAUACAUACAGUGUAUGUAUAUAUAUAUAUAUAUAUAUAUAUAUAUAUAUAUAUACACACACAUAUAUAUAUAUAUAUAAAUUAUGAUUUUCUAUAACAUGAUGUGCUUUAUUUGCUGGUUGUGUUGUUUGCUACUGUAUGUACAUUGAAGUUAAAGAGAUGUUUUACAUUUUCCAUUAAAAAUGGAUUAAUCAAAAACAUUUGUCUAUUAUGACUCUGUUUAACAUUUGUCUAUUAUGACUCUGUUUGCAUGCUUCAUUAACCGAAAAUAACAACAACAACAACAACAUUUUCAAAUUAUUCAGUCAGUUCUCUUCAUAAUAUAUGUUUUUAUUUAAAAGUCCAAUUCACUUCACUCCCUUGACUUAAACGUACAAUUUAACUGAGUGGAGUGUCCAUGAAGUUCUUAAGCCAAAUGCUGUUCAGUAGUGUAGUCUUGUGUAAAGGCAAACAUACAUUAUAUGCCCACCUAUAUUCCUAAGGAUUUGGCAUAGUAUGCCCACCUAAAAUGAGUAACGAUACAUAACCAAGGCCACCAGAACAACGAGCUGGCUUAUGAUCUGUAACUUCCCAAACUACUGAUGCAAUACCACAUUGCCUUUGAAUGAAUUGUGAUUUUUGUAUUUAUUUUAAAAGUUAACAGAGAUAUAUCUGUCUCUUACAUUCAUUGUUCAUGUACAUGUUUUGCCUAAAAAACAACGUAAAGAUUUAUUUUUCUGCAAAAAUUAUAAAAAAAGGGCAAAAUAUUGAAGAUUGAUGUGAAUUCUGCUGAUUCAAAUUUAAGAAAAUGUUUUGUUUAAAUUGCGAAAAUACAUUAGUAAGAAUGGUUUGAAGAGUUUACUUAUAGAUAAAUAAUUUCAAGCUUGCAAAUUACAGAAAAAAGCUAGGAAGCUAGUUACCAAUUAAACCCAAUGGCAAGCACUUUGGAGCAAUUGUUUCAAAAAUGAUUUUCAGCAUUCACUAUAUGCAAUAUUCUCUUAUCUCAAUAAAAUGUAAA